AUGGCGAAACCAGAAACUAGUGAAAUAAGUCGAGCAAUUUCUCACCUAAAACCACCUACUGAAUUUGACUUCGACGUUUCAAAUGUCGCGCACUCAUGGAAACGUUGGCGAGAAGAGGUAGAGCUGUAUAUGGAAUUGGCUAUGGUUGGAAAGAAAGAAAGAAGAGACGAUAGUUAAACUCUUUCUGUACAUUGUUGGAAGUCAGGGUCGAGAAAAAUACGAGACAUUAUCGUUUGAUCAAGAACCCGAAAAGCGGAGCUUUAAAGAUAUUGUUGAAGCCGGAUUCUCGAACUAUUGUGAUCCGAAGAAAAACGAGACGGUAGAGAUACAAGUUCUUUACAAGAGUGCAAGAAGCGGGAGAAACAUUAGAUAAGUUUAUCACAGAUGUGAAAAUUCUGGCUGCAACGUGUAACUUUAGGCAGCGUUUACACUGUACCGUUUUCGUAGCGUUCUCGUAUUGUUCUUAAUCCUCAAGGGAACGCAAGACAAUAGUCUAGUUCUCUCGAACAAUACGAGAACGCUACGAAAACGGUACAGUAUAAACGCUGCCUUAAACAGCUUAAAGAAUCAUUGAUCCGAGACCGAAUAAUUUGUGGCAUGACUGACUCGAAGCUACGACAGGACUUGUUAAAAAUACCUGAACUGAGCCUGGAUAAAUGCAUAGAGAAUUGUCGCGCAGCUGAACUAUCAAAAGAACGAAGUAAAGAGAUCAAAGACAACGAUAGAAUUUAUGCUUUCAACGCUGCACAGGGCGGUAAGCAAAACAGAAGCCGAAAGGUAAGAGACGAAUAUAAUUCUAAACAGUUGAACAAUGCCGUAGGCGUAGUCAGACAGGAAAUGCAAAUAUUGUGGGGGUAUGCAUGAAUGGAACAAAACAAACUGCCCUGCGUAUGGGAAAGAAUGCCGAAAGUGUCGUAAAUUAAAUCAUUUUGCCUCUGUGUGCAAAACUAAAAGACAAACAGUUAAAAAGGUAGACACUUCUAGUGAUAGCAGCGACUAUGAGGAAAUUAAAAUGGUAAAAGUGGACGAUAAGAGAAAGCCAGAAAAAUCGUCAAGCACAAAACAAUUCCCAAAGCGAUUAUAUGCCUCAAUAACUGUUGGUAAACAGCCGGUGAAUUUUCAAUGUGACAGUGGCGCGACAUGCAAUGUCAUUUCAUUAUCUAUGUUAGAGCGCUGUUUAGGAAAAGUUCAAUUGAAAGGAACAAGCCGAGUUCUCAAGAUGUAUAACAAAGCGACUGUACAACCGGUCGGACAAUGUGUGUUACAAUUAAAAAAUGAGAAAACUGGCAAAAGCUAUGAAACUGAAUUUGUUGUUUUGAAACAAGAACGCACACCAUUGUUAGGCAGUGAAACAAUUCAACAAAUGAGUCUAAUCACAGUCAGAUACGAGAAUAUAUUGUUGUUGUCGGUUAAAUCGAGUAAAACAGCGUUGACUAAAGAUACCCUUAUGGAACAAUAUUCAGAUGUUUUUCAGGGGACUGGCAAAUUUGACGAACAAUAUCAUGUAACAAUUGAUCCAGAUGCAACACCUGUGGUUCAUCCACCAAGACCA